CUUCACACCACUGAUAGAAUGACUAUCAUACGGUUGCUCGUGAGUCUCUUACUCUUUUGUUCAGUUGAAGCUGGGAAGCUGUUGGUUAUUCCUUCAGAUGGCAGUCACUGGCUUGGGAUGAAGCCUAUUGUGGAAGAACUGGGGAGGAGAGGGAAUGAGGUGGUGGUGGUCAUCCCAGAUGCAAGUCUGAGUAUGGGUCCAUCAGAUCACACCACCACUCUUUCUUAUCCAGUGCCUUACACCAAAGCUGAAUUAAGUGAGCAGUUAGAAGGCAAUAUAACCACAAUUCUGAACAUUGAUCUUUCUUCAAACCUGUCCAAGUUCCUGUGGUUCUUCCACCAAAUUAUGUUUUUUCAGAAGUUCUUAGGAAGAAACGCAGAGGACCUGCUGUUUGAUGAUAACUUGAUGAAGAAACUGCAAGACUACAACUUUGACGCUAUUCUCACAGACCCGUUUAAACCUGUCGGAGUUAUUGUUGGUGAAUAUCUCUCAAUUCCAGCUAUUUAUAUGCAAAUAAACCUUCCUUGUGGUGCUGACACUCUUGCCAGCCAAUGCCCAAGUCCACCCUCCUAUGUUCCCCAGCGUAACACCCACUUUACAGACCAUAUGAAUUUUGGGCAGAGGUGUGUGAACUUGAUAAGAAGUCUCCUGCAGCACACAGCCUGUAAAGUUUUGCAUGCUAAUGCGGAUGAGAUUGCCACACGUUUACUUUGCCGAAAAGCAUCAGUGAUGGAGAUCAUGAGCCGUGCUGCUCUCUGGUUAAUGCGAUUCGACUUUGCGUUUGAAUUUCCACGACCAGUGAUGCCCAACAUGAUCAUGAUUGGAGGGAUGGCAGCCAAGAAACCGAAACCUUUAUCACAAGUAAGGUCUUCAAAAACAAUCCAUGCUAUAGUUCAACUUAUUGGUGCUGUAGCUGUUUGACACAAACAUCUGUUUUUUAUUGAUUACUGUCUGUCAAUAUCAUGGUCUGUGAAAAUAUUGCAAAGAGGCCACAAUUCACAAUAACAUGAGAAUGUUGUAGUGCUACAGUAUCUUUCUAUGGGAUGGGGGUCCCAGCUAAUCUGUAUGUUGUGAUUGGCCUGAAUACCUCUGAUGUCAGCUGGAAAUGUGACGCUCCUUACCUUGUUUUGAAGAUACGCUCCCAAUGCAAUAUUGACAGGAGUUAAUAUUGUCUUUAGUACCUUAUGAAACGAGUCAAAACUGAUCCAGAAAAUGCAGAUGACUACAAUCCGUGUUUCCAAGAAAAGAGAUUUACAUUGGAGACGAUAACUCGCAUCAUUGUUUAUUUUGAGAUUUGUAGAUUUUGCAUAUCGUUAACAUGUACUAACAAAUACACCAAAGAAAAUGUAAAAUCAUGAAUCAGAUAAUAGUUGCACUUUGAUAUAAAACAUGCUAAACAUUGUUUGAUAGUUGGCAGGACGUUGAUUCGAUGG